AUGGCAGGACGUUAUUCUUGGUUCCUGCUGCUCACCCAGCUCCUUGUCGACGGCACUGUUCCGGUGCUCGGCCAGAACACGAGCACAGAUUUCCUUCAGUAUGUCGACCCCCUCAUCGGGACCACCAAUGGCGGUCAUGUCUUCCCGGGAGCUACCUUGCCCUUCGGCAUGGCAAAGGCAGUGGCCGACGUGGGUAGUGAUGAACGGCAAGGCGGCUACGCGUCUGAUGAUGGCGAGAUCACUGGGUUUUCACACAUGCACGACAGCGGCACAGGGGGUGGACAAGGAAAAGGCAACUUCCCAAUUUUCCCCCAGACGGGCUGCCCUGAGGACGAUAUAUACCAAUGCGAGUUUCCAAAGGCACUGCGAGCAUCGAAACGUGUCAAUGAGACGGUACAGGCCAGCCCAGGCUACUUUGCUCUGUCGCUGAACACGUCUAUUCACACGGAGAUGACCGUGACAAACCACACUGCCCUCUACCGCAUCACUUUCCCAGGGCCAUUGUCCAACACCUCAGCCGCCGCCCUACCAUACAGCCCUCUGAUUCUGGUCGACCUGACAGACCUGUCUAACAGCCGCAGCAACGGCAGUAUAAGCGUCGAUCCUGGCACGGGCCGUAUAGUAGGCAACGGGACUUUCGGCCCAUCCUUCGGCGACGGGAGCUACGACCUGCACUUUUGCGCCGACUUCCAGGGCGCAUCGAUCCGCGACACCGGCAUCUUCCAAAACAACCGGCCUGGCCGCGAGCCAAAAUCCCUGCGCACGUACGGCACAGGCUCCACGAGCCCGAUCCCGGGCGGUGCGUGGGUGCAGUUCCAUCCACCGGACGAGGCCGACCAGAUCCGAGUGAGGGUCGGGCUGAGCUACCUCAGCGUGGACCGGGCGUGCCAGAACGCCGAGGCGGAGGUACCUGGGGACUUCGACUUCGAUGGCACGAAAGAUGCUGCGGAGGCUGCGUGGAGGACGAAGCUGGGCGUUGUUUCCGUGGACCCGACUGGUGUCAACAGUACCUUCUUGACGACGUUCUGGUCCGGCUUGUACCGGACCUUUAUCUCGCCGCAGGACGUGACCGGCGAAAAUCCACUAUGGGAGAGUUCUGAACCAUAUUACGACUCCUUUUAUUGUAUCUGGGACUCAUACCGCAGCAUUCACCCUCUUAUCACCCUGCUUGAUCCCCUCAGCCAGACUCUCAUGAUACGGAGCUUGAUCGAUAUAUACCGCUUUGAAGGAUAUCUGCCUGACUGCCGGAUGGACUUGUGCAAGGGAUUCACACAGGGCGGUUCCAAUGCGGAUGUUGUGCUUGCAGACACGUUUGUGAAAGGUCUCACAGAAGGGAUCGACUGGGAAACAGGAUACGAAGCUGUCGUAAAAGACGCCGAAGUCGAACCGCCGAUAUGGUCAGUUGAAGGCCGGGGAGGUCUUGCUAGCUGGAAGAGCCUGAACUAUAUACCCGCCGAUGACUUCGACCCAUAUGGCAUCGGGCCAUUUACGAGGUCGGUUUCUCGGACAGUAGAGUACGCUUACAACGACUUUGUCAUUGCUCUCAUGGCCAAGAGACUCAACAAAACCGCCGAUGUCGAGAAGUACAUCGAAAGCUCGGGGUACUGGGCGAACCUCUACAAGGCGGACCAGACAUCUUUCCUCAACAUUUCACAGGAUCAGAGCCCCCUCGUUGAGAGCGGAUACACUGGAUUUCUGAUGCCCAAGUAUCUGAAUGGUACCUUUGGGUUCCAGGAUCCGUCUCUCUGCUCUCUGUUGUACAACUUCACCUCGUGCUACCUGAACGCCAACGGACACGAGACAUAUGAGGGCAGCUCAUGGCUGUACACAUUUUACGUACCUCAGGACAUGGCUACAUUAGUUACCACCCUGGGCGGUCCCGAAACCUUCGUUUCGCGGCUGCAGUACUUCCUCGAUACGCCAGGUCUGAACUACAUCGGCGACGAGCAAUCAUUCCUGCCCACGUACCAGUUCCACUAUGGAGGUCGCCCCGGGCUGUCCUCGUACUAUCGGCAUUUCUACAUCCCCAGCCAGUUCAACGAUUCGGUCAACGGCAUCCCCGGAAAUGACGACAGCGGUGCCAUGGGAAGUUUCAUCGGCCUGACCAUGAUGGGCUUGUGGCCCGUCAGCGGACAGGACGUGUAUCUCAUCACGCCGCCGUUCUUCAGGGAGGUCAACGUUACAAACCCGCUGACAGGCAACACCGCGACGAUCCGAAAUAUCAACUUUGAUGGGGACAGCUACAAGAACAUCUAUGUGCAGAGCGCCACAUUGGAUGGGCAGCCCUACACCAAGAAUUGGAUCACGCACUCUUUCUACAGGGAUGGUGGCGUGUUGGAGCUGACACUGGGUGCGAACGAGAGUAGCUGGGGAGUACGGGAUGAAGACCUGCCUCCAAGCAUCUCGACCGGGUAUUUCACUUGA